ACAGGCACGCCGCGCGCAGAGAGGGGGGAGAUAUGAGCUCCAAGCACUCCUCCUCUGACUGGAUUCCCUACAGUACCCUGGAUGAUGAGAGCACUAACCUUCGGCAGCAGAAGCUGGACAGACAGCGUGCCCUGCUAGAGCAGAAGCAGAAGAAGAAGCGCCAGGAGCCUCUGAUGGUGCAGUCCAACGUGGAUGGCCGCUCGCGUGCCCGCCGCACCAAGCAGUCCGAGGAGCAGGCGCCGCUCGUGGAGUCCUACCUGUCCAGCAACAGCAGCACCAUUUACCAUGUGCAAGAGGCGGAGCAGGAGGAGGUGAAGGUUCUGUCCGAGCCGCCGCGCUCCGCCAAAAAGGCCAAGGCCAGCGGCUCCACCCCGCAGACGGGCAGCGGGAAGAAGGAGCGCAAGGGCAAGCACAAAGGCAUCGACGGGCCCGCCGCCUUUGGAGACGAGGGCCAAGAGCUGGGCAGCCAGAUCCAGAUCCUGACGGUGGGCCACCUGUCCUCGGACGAGGCCGAGAGCGACAGCGUGAGCAGCAGCACGCACCACCACAGCAGGCAGGACCUGCGGGUCACCAUGCUGAAGAAAGGGAUUUCGAGCAGUAUGAACUUCGACGAGGAGGAGGAUGAUGACGAUGAAGUGAGCUCCAGCUCCUCGCAGCUCAACAGCAACACCAGGCCAGGCUCCGCCACCAGCAGGAAGUCAAACAAGGAGGCUGCCUCGGCGUCCACCCCGAUAGCCCACGAGCCGUCCAUCGACGUGGAUGACCUGGAGGAGUUCACCCUUCGACCCGCCCCGCAGGGCAUCACGGUCAAGUGCCGCAUCACCCGCGACAAGAAGGGCAUGGACCGGGGCAUGUACCCCACAUACUACCUCCACUUGGAGCGCGAGGAUGGCAAGAAGGUCUUCCUGUUGGCCGGACGGAAGCGAAAGAAGAGCAAAACGUCUAAUUACCUCAUUUCCAUCGAUCCCACGGAUCUGUCUCGAGGAGGAGAGAGCUUCAUCGGAAAACUGAGGUCCAACCUGAUGGGCACCAAGUUUACGGUGUACGACAGCGGCAUGAACCCGGUGAAGAACACCACCUCCAGCCUAGAGGCCACCAACCUGCGGCAGGAGCUGGCAGCCAUCUGCUAUGAAACCAACGUUCUAGGGUUCAAAGGCCCUCGUAAAAUGAGCGUCAUCAUUCCCGGAAUGAACAUGGACCAUGAGAGAGUGUCUAUCAGGCCGCGAAAUGACCAUGAGAGCCUGCUGGCGCGGUGGCAGAACAAGAGCACUGAGAGCGUGAUCGAGCUGCACAACAAGACGCCGGUCUGGAACGACGACACGCAGUCCUACGUGCUCAACUUCCACGGCCGGGUCACACAGGCGUCCGUCAAGAACUUUCAGAUCAUUCACGACAACGACCCCGACUACAUCGUGAUGCAGUUUGGUCGCGUGGCUGAGGACGUCUUCACCAUGGACUACAACUACCCCAUGUGUGCCCUGCAGGCCUUUGCCAUCGCGCUCUCCAGCUUCGACAGCAAGCUGGCCUGUGAGUAGGAGGACUAGGACCAGCACCUGGCCACCAGCACCUGGCCACCAGCUCAGCUCUACCUGCUCGCCUGUCUGCCUGCCCUGCUCGCUCAGCUGUCUGUCCUUACUGUAGGUGUGCUGUUCAAAAUGGCUCCCCUCUGUCUGCAA